UGUUGCUGCCCAAAUUGUCGUAAUCCAGAUUAUAAACCACCUCAGGGUGGCAAGAAAAUGCACGUAUGCCAUUAUCAAGGUUGUAGUAAAGUCUACGGUAAAACAUCUCAUUUACGCGCACAUCUUCGCUGGCACACUGGAGAACGACCUUUUGUUUGUAAUUGGUUAUUUUGUGGUAAAAGAUUUACUCGCUCAGAUGAAUUGCAACGACAUCGGAGAACUCAUACAGGAGAGAAAAAAUUUGCAUGUCAAGAUUGUGGUAAACGUUUCAUGAGAAGUGAUCAUUUAUCGAAACAUGUGAAAACACACAAUAAU